UUAAUUUCUAUUGAAAACAGAUAUAUUGGUCAUUCAUCAAUGACUUCGGGUUAUAGGUUCUGUACGGUGAGUAAUAAACUUUGCAGGUUUACUUAUUUCCCAUCUUAGUCAAAGUUGACUCAGCGGCAAGAACCAUGCUUGCCAUCUCAAUGUGCGAGAAGCCACGUCAAAAGCCGAGUAGGUGGUACGAGGGAUACUCAGGAGUGAGAGGUUUGUAGGCAUAUAGAGUACAUCCUGUGCAAAUGAAGAAGAGAAGAAGAUCUCAUUGACAAGAGGAACACUCGUCUGUCAGCGAGGAUGACAGGGCAGUCCGCUUCUUUCAAGCCGUAAUAUGGGGCGACGAUUUGACGAAGAUAUUCAAGAUUUUUGAAAUCCUUCCAAAUCGAAAGAACUACAUGCCGAUAUCUCAGGAAGAGAGACUUAUUGGGUUUGUAAGACGACGGCUUAUAUAUUUAGGGGCCAUCUGAAACUCGAGAGGGGUUUUCUUCUUCGAGUUUUCAGUGGGCGUACGUGCUUGUUGAGUAGAGACGGGAGGUAGAGAAGGGAAUGUUUGUACAUAAUUAAAUUGGAAAUUUUCGUGAGUCGAAAGUUUCGGACAGGUUGCGUACUGCAGCAAUUUGGUCACGAGCUGUGGUUGAGUUUGCGGUGGCAAUGUUCGGAAGCUCAUAGGAGAGACAAAUGAUCUGCCCGUGUGCCCGACAUGGUUGACUAUGUCUCCUUUUGGGUUCGUCGGUUGUGCAUUUGACACGGUGUAGUUUGACUUGCGUAGUCUAGAUUGACUCUUGAUCCGGAUAAUCAAAUGGUGCUUCUUGCGUGCAAGGGCAAUCACUAUCGACCGAGUAGGAGGUUCAGAUAGCAGUCUCCAUGGCAAGUGCAAGGGUGACAAAGUUCUAUGGCCCUGUCUAUCUGGUCAAGUGCAUUCUGUGUGUUUGUACUUUUUGUGCACGCGUGUUUUGUAGAGCAGACUCAGUCGUUCCAGGUCAUUUAUAUUUUAGUACUGCGCUUGUCAGUCGACAAACCCACCUCAUAUCCAUAGCAUCAAACUUCGGAAGCUUCUAUGAGCAUUCACUACCAACUUUUCACGAAUGCGCCACUCAGUCUUGUAUAUCUUUUUUUCACGAGCACCCUUUGGACCACAUGCUCAGAUUUGACGCGGCUCCUCCACUGCGUUUCUGGCGGGCAUGGUUUCUCCUUGGCUGUUGCCGGGAAACCAUCUUUGACGAAGAUCGGAAAGAAGUAAACCCGUGA